GCGUUCGCAGCGUCGAGACGGAGCAACGAGCGUCGCUUUUUCAGCACCUCUCUGACUAACCGCGCGACAGCGACGAGUUUUAGGGAAAGUUUUUCCGAGCACGGCCGGAGUUUCUGAGCGUUUUUCCGCCUUUAUUUGCCGACCGAACGAGUGUUUGUUUGUGGUUAUUAGAAUGUUGUAGAAGUCGGUGAAGUUUGCGCCAGUAGGAAAACUCGACGCUUAUAUCCGAUAGUUUAUUGGUACAUAUGGAGAUCGAGUGAAACAUGCUAAAAGCUGUCCAGUUAACAGGAGCAGAGAACGUGACGACAUGCACGGAAAAUAUUAUGACAAUAAAUUGUACCCAAAGUUCUCUUCUAUCCUUUUACUGCGUCGAUAACCAAACAAAUAUUUACCACGACUACUAUUGCCAAUAUAAUUCGUCAUCGGAAAAUCACUACCAGUGUACAGAGUGCAUCGAUGACACAACUAAUUCUAGUGAUAUUUUCAUCCAAUUUUUCGGUGUCAACGCCAGUGAAUUCCUGUUGAGAAUACCAAAUUUGCAGUGCACACUAUUUAAUAAAAGUGGUGACGGUUUAUGGACGUGUAAGAACAAUUCAGAGAACAAUUCGGCCGAUGUCGGGUAUGAUUGGAGUUUUCUGUUCGUCGUCGUGUUCAUUCUUGCAGGCGGAUUAGGGAAUAUUUUGGUCUGUUUAGCGGUGUUGCUGGACCGGCGGCUUCAAAACGUUACUAAUUAUUUUUUGCUAUCGCUAGCCAUAGCAGAUCUACUAGUCAGUUUAUUCGUGAUGCCUUUGGGAGCGAUUCCAGGCUUUUUAGGGAGAUGGCCGUUUAGUUUCGUUUGGUGUAACGUGUACGUAACGUGUGAUGUAUUAGCGUGUUCUGCGUCUAUAAUGCACAUGUGUUUCAUAAGUCUCGGUAGAUAUUUAGGCAUCAGGAAUCCCUUAAAAACGAGACACAGCACCACAACUAAAACAGUAAUAUUCAAAAUAGCCUUGGUGUGGCUACUAUCCAUGCUAGUGUCAAGUUCGAUUACUGUAUUAGGUAUAAUACACCCUCAAAACAUCAUGCCUGAUUCUAACACGUGCGUAAUCAACAACAGGGCGUUUUUCGUGUUCGGAUCGCUGAUUGCCUUCUACAUACCGAUGGUGAUAAUGGUGGUGACGUAUGCGCUGACUGUACAGCUGCUGCGGAAAAAGGCCCGGUUCGCAGCCGAACAUCCCGAAAAUGAACAAUUCAGAAGAUUGGGCGGAAGAUUCGGGCCGAAACACGAACGGACUCCCACGAUAUCGGGGACCCUGUGGAGGACUGCAGGGAGUGGCGAGAGAUCGUCCAGCAAUUUACGUUUGACCUCGUCACAAUCUCAGUUUCCUUACGUAAACGGGGGAAGCGGAGCCGGCCAAGUGUCCAUGUCGACGGAGUGCAGGGAUCAAAGCACUCAAACACCAGAAAAUAUCGUUAAGGAAACCAGAAAUUCCAAGCUAAAGUCACUCAAGCUUCAACUCAAUCAUACUAGCUCAAAUUUGACGAAUUUUCGAUUGUUAGCCAGCCGGGUAAAACGAAAACAUAUAUCCGCCAACGCGGUAGCCACAGAACAAAAAGCUUCUAAAGUGCUGGGCAUCGUAUUUUUCACGUUCGUCCUUUGCUGGUCGCCGUUCUUCAUCCUCAACAUAUUCUUCGCCGUGUGUCCCGAUUGCGAGGUGCCCAAGGACGUCGUCGUGGUGUGUCUUUGGCUGGGAUACGUCAGCUCCACGAUCAAUCCCAUCAUUUACACGGUAUUUAAUAAGACAUUCAGAGGAGCAUUCAUCAGGUUGUUGCUAUGCCGCUGUCGUAGGCUAUCCAGGCCGGUGCGUUACAGAUCGGUGAACGAGAACCGAACCGCGACAGCGACCAGCCUCUGCACGCCGACGGCCCUUCCUCUGGCCAUCAGCCUGCAGGGGACUCCCCUGCUGACGCCGGCUUCGACGGAGAGCUCUUAUGUCAUCCGAACACCAUCCUCCAACUUUUUGAAAGAACGCGCUGACUCUUACGAGGACCACAACUGUUAGAACGCAUCCUGCGGUGGUUCAUUAUUUUCCAGCCGUCAGCGGCGCGACCGAAACGGGAAAUAAUUUUUCCGAUAAUUGUCCGCUAUGCGUGCGAUCAAUUAAAUUGUAACGGCAUUCGAACAUGUAUGUCACUCGAUAAUGGGUCGUAAAUGUACAUUCCGUUGAUUUAGGGCUUAUUUUUUUGGCACUGACGCCUUUAAUGAAAUUUUUAUUGCCUUGAUAACAAUAUAAUAAAGCAUAAACUAACUGUAAUUAAAGAAUCCGAGGGUGUAAUAAACGAAGAAUCAAAUUUAAUAAUACAAUAAAAAAAUGAGCAAAUAUUUUAUUUAAUGGUAACUAUUGCGUUCAAUUUAAAUUAAUUUUUAUGAAUUGUCCGUUGGAAACGCUACUGGGUGAGUCGGUUUCAACGGGUUCACCAGUUUGAGAUCCAACAAAGAGGCCCUAAGCAUUGUCAUAAAUCUGAAUGAGAAUUGUUGUUUGUGCUAGUUAAUUCUUCUUUGAUGAUGUAAUUUUGUAUAUUAUGGGGACGAGUUUGUAUUUAUUGAGCGAUGUUUGUGUGAAACAAAAUUUCCGAACCAAUAGGCAAAAAUAAAUGUCAAUGUUUCUUUGAAACGAAUUAGUAUGGAUUAGAGGGAAAUGUUGUGGUUAAGUACAAAAUAUACCUAGUACAAACUAAUUUGUUAAUAUUGAGUGUUUUUUUUUGUAAGUACAAAGAUUUGUUUUUUAAUUUAUUUUUUAAGUUAGUAGAAUUUCGGUUUUAAUUGUUUUUGUUUUUGUGCUGUGGUUCAUACGCAAGACUGAUUUAUCAUUUAAGUCAUUUAAUGGAAAACUGUUAUGCAAAGAAUUGUCGACAUUUAAAUUAUUUUUGCCGAAGAGUUCUUGGUUGUACACAACAGGAAAUUCACAUGUAAAUACGAUAUUUGGCGUAUUUUAAAAAGCGUAGAUAUUGUAAGUGCAUAAAUAUUGUAGUAUUGUUGUAGUAUUAAUAUUAUUAUUGAGAUUUUAGAGUAUUUUGUCCUAUCACUGAAUAUAUUAGUCAAAUAUUCGGUGUGUAGAAUAAACCUGUAGAUUAUAAAU